AUGGCGGUGACUAGGAAGUAUAAGGUGAAAAUGAGGCCAUUGAAGCUAGAAUUAGGAGUUGAUGAUUUGGAUAAGGAAAAUCAAGAAUCAAGAAAGGUGAAGAUGAUGACAAUAGAGAUGAAAUGGAAAGGAGAAUCCAAGUUUGGUUUAGUCCAAUUUUAUAAAUAUAAGAAAGAUUUCACAAGUCGGAGAUUUAUGAAAGACAAUUCUGUUAAAUGGGAUAAUGAUGCAGAUGAGUUUGAGAAUGUUUGUUGCUUUACAGAGGUUUCUGGUUGUUAUCAGAGUCUAAAAUAUUCGCCCUGGGAUGUUUAUUUUAAUGUCUUGUACGCAACUAGUUUUGAGAAAAUGGUGGUGAUUGGGAAAGUGGUUGUUAAUGUAGCUGAAUUGGCUGCUAAAAGGAUGUGUCUUGUUGAAGAGAAGCUUCCAAUAACUUUAAAUAUUGGUAAAACUUCCGUAUCAGCUAUCCUCCAUGUCAACAUUACAUUUGGUGAGAUGAAAGAGUCGGUAGGCUGUGUCCGUGACUGGAACGAGUCGAGACAGCUGCAAUGUUUAGCAAAGAGUAGUAGCGUAUGUGACAGAAAGGGAUACAAGCUGAGUCAAGAAGAUGAGUCAUCUACAUUUGAAGCAGAGGUACCGAAGGCAAUUGAGUCGAGUUCAGAAACUCAGCCUGACUUAGUCAAGAAAGUUGGGUGGUUCUCUUGGAAGAGAAGGCGAUUAAGUCUGAGACCCAUCAGACCGAGUAAAGAAGAAGCAUUGAUUAAGAGGACUUGUAGCUUUGGUGUUGACUCACAACUCAAUCAACAGAUUGUAGAGAAGGCUGAACCUUCUGCUGAAUCAAGCCACCAAAAUGAGCCUGCUUGGGAAGUAAAGGAAUUACAGAGUAGGGAUAGGCAAACGAAGCUCAAAACCGAGGUCUUCUUUGCAUCUUUCGACCAAUGCAGCGAUAAGGCUGCUGGAGAGAGUGCAUGCACAGCACUAGUAGCUGUUAUCUCCCAUUGGCUGCAAUCGAAUAGAGUUGCAAUGCCCACGAGACCAGAAUUUGAUAACCUCAUACUACAAGGUUCCGCGGAAUGGAGAAAACUAUGCCAAAAUGAUACUUACAUCAAUGAUUUCCCAAACAAGCACUUUGAUUUAGAGACUGUCCUGCAUGCUGGUAUUCGACCUUUAUCCAUCUCGCAUGAUCAAUCAUUUGUUGGAUUCUUCAUCCCGGAGAAAUUUGACUCAUUACAAGGGGUAAUGUCAUUUGAUCAGAUAUGGGACAAGAUUAGUAGUGUCACAGAUGGUAUUGAAUUUGAACCUAGAGUUUAUAUUAUAAGUUGGAACGAUCAUUUCUUCGUAUUGAAGGUGGAAGAAAAUUCUUAUUACAUUAUUGAUACAUUGGGAGAAAGGCUAUAUGAGGGUUGCAGCAAAGCAUAUAUUUUAAGGUUUGACGAUAACACAAUGAUAUAUGAGAAUGUUGCAGAAGAGAAGUCACAGAAAAAUGAUACUAAGGAUAAGGAAGAGAUGAUAUGCAAGGGGAAAGAAUGCUGCAGAGAAUUCAUCAAGAGAUUCCUCGCGGCUAUCCCUCUAAAGGAACUGGAGGAGCAAGAGAAAAAGGAGACAGUUUCUUAUGUAUCACUUCAUCAUCGAUUGCAGAUAGAGUUCAACUUGAGCUACUUGUUGUCUUCUUCGUCAUCAUCUUUGACAUCAUCACCUUUUUCUUCUUCUUCUACUACUUCUACACUUUAGAAU